AUGGUCCGAAUCAGUCUUUUCGGGACGCCCCUGUCUCCCAUACUUGCCCUUGGCCUUGCAACUUGCGCCGUUGCUGUUGUUGAUAAGUGGACCCCGGAGGGCUUCAACUGGAGUGCUCUCGACCCAGGCCCACGGGAAAAUUGGAAAGGUCUCUAUCUGAACCACAAUGGUACGGCGGAGCACAUCCACGAGCUCGCAGUGACCACCGGUGCUGAUGUGAGAACGACGGAGGAUGUCACUCUCGUGGUGGCCCCUUGGGCCAUAGGUCUAGCAUGGCAUGCCUUCAACCUUGUUCUCACUGGUGCUGGCCUGGCAAGCACCAUCAAUACCUGCGCCCAAAACGAGGGUCAAGCCGACAAUAUCUUCUAUUGUAUCACUGGUCUUCUCAGCACCAUCGUUGGCGUGGGUGGUGAGGUAUCCGCGGCGAAAAAGUUCGCUCAAUCCAAAGGAUAUUUGGGCGUUGCCGCAAACGCCUGGCUGCAGUCUGGUCUGGAACAGAUUGACCUGCAAACAUUUGCGCGAGACCUGGAUAGCCUGCCCGCAAAGAACAUGACUUCACAAAAAGCCCACAACCACUUCGUUCAUAACGCUUUGCGCAGCCUGUCGACCGAUGAAGUCGACUUCGUCGGAUACGCACCCGAUUCUCAUAAGUUGGCCCGCCGUGACUCCAGUGUCCAUCCCUUUGCGCCAAUGUUCCGCUUUAACCACCACAAGUAUGGUCCCAUGGAACUCACCUCUCGUGAUACCGGCGAAGGUGGUGUGCACUUUACCAUCUCGUACGCGGGCCAUCCCACCCACCACGCGACCCAGGAGAAACGCGACGAGUUUUACAAGCACGAGCGACUCAACGAGCACUUGAUGGAGGGUCGGUUUGGUUCUGAAGCCUCCAGCGCCGACCCGGGUGAUAUUACCUUCAAUGGAGCCGACGCCUUUAGCCAAAUCGAAAACCAAGUUGAGUGCUUUGCGGGCACAGAGUGGAACGAGGGCAAUGUGCUUUCCGUCCAGAUGUAUGAUCAAGCCAACCAUGCGACGUUCGGGUUUGCUUCUAUUGGUAUUUUCCCAGACAACAGCGUGGACUCUGGGCUUCAGGGCUUUGAGCCUCAGGGAAUGCCUUUGACUGGCGGCCAGAACUGUUGA